AUGCUCGGAUCUCUAUUUUCUUCCAAGUCUACUAAUGAACGGAAAUACACCCAUCAAUCACCUCAACAGUCUCCGGAGGCCCUCGCUUCGACCGUGGCCCUAGACGACGACUCUGCCGCGCCUUCCAGCUCCCGCCCAUCCAUGCGCAGAGUCGUCAGUGCCCUCUCGACCCCUCACGACGCUAUCCUCGCUGAGCUCCACGGUCGCCAGCCCAAGCUCGACCCCUCAGCCGGAACCGAUGCGUCUACCACUACUAAUCUGCCCGCUAUUAAUGUGGGCACCGUCACAAGUGCGGGCUCCCUGGAUCUUUCAGACGCCAGGAACGCGACGGCGAGCCCCGCUGCGCAGGGCGUGCGCUCGGGCGCGACAAGCUCCCCGGAAGCUGGGGCGGAGCCCAUUUACGACCCCUUCUCCGGAGCGCUGCUGGGCGUGAUAGUUCCGCACGCGCCAGAUUCGGAUGGCGAGCGCGCGGAUGGUGGGGCGCAGUUCGAUCAGGCGAAGGACGAGCUGUGGACGCAUCUGUCGCGCAUUCGAGAGCUGCAGAACGAGAUUGCGGGGCUGCACUUGCAGAUGGAAGGGGUAGGCCUCUCUGAGGUUCGAGGCCCGAAGCGUCCUCCGGGGCCCCGCGUGCACUCUGAUACAAUCGCUUCGAUCGACGAGUGGGAGGGCCCUGCCGAAGCGGAGGAGCAUAAGAAGUACGCACGAGACGCGGAGCUCGUCAACCUCAAUGAGACCUUCGUGGCCAGGAAGGCCGCCAUUGACGGCGUUAUGAGCAAGCUGGACGACUUGUCAAAGUCGCUGACCACAUUUCACGCUCUCCCCACUCCUGCCAUGGGUUUUGGUACUUCACGGAGUAACACCAAGGAAUCGCGGACUACGUCGCCAGAUCCCUACGAUGCUACAUCGAAAGCGACCAGCACAGCGACUUCUCCACCUCUACCACAUCAAGAACCCGUCAUAGUCGGUAGUCCGGCAUCCUACGUACCCGAUUCACCCUUGUCGCACGGUGAUUCAUGA